GAAACAAAACACUCAACUAAGCAUCGAUAUACACAGAAAGCAAGUAUACAAAUUAUCAACUCCGAUCAUGAGGAUCCAAAUGCUAAACAAAAGUGGGUUUUGAGCCUGGACUUGAAGGAGUCAAUAGAGGGGGCUGAUUUUAUAGAGAGAGGGAUGCUGUUUUAUGAUGAACUCAAUUAGAUUUACAGAUUUUUGGAUUUUGAGGUUUGGGCUACUGAGCCUAGCCCAUGUAAUGCCAUUACAGUCUAAAAAGGUAUGGGUUAUAAGUAGGGUAGUCUAUCAAUACACUUGAAAUGUAAAACUAAAUAAUCAUCUCAGCCUUAAGCUGAAUGACAGUCAGGAGAAGGACUUUUCUGGGACCGAAAGACAUCAGUGAUUUAGACAGAACGCAGAAAAGGUUGGAGGAAUUUAUUUUAACACACAUAAACGAUGUCUUGCUCCAAAAUAUAUUGAAUGUCGAGUAGCGAUGCCCUACAUAAUGCUGGUAGUAGGCUAGGACCUUUUCUUUGUUCCGUCGUUUAUGUUGGGUGUUCAGUGUAGGCUAGGUUGUGUGCAAACCUUAAAGUGAUUUAAGCUGACAAUCGCCUAUAAAUAUUUCUGAAACGAAGAGUUCGCAUGAUCGCAUCAAAGGCUAAUCUGCUAUUUACUUCAUAAAAGUGGAAAACAAUCACGACAUCCCGACUCUUAAAGGUGUUUUUUUUAAAAAUGCGACAGAGCCUACUUUUAUGAAUUUAACAGAUGCUUUUAAUCAACAAUAACAAAGAAACAUAUUAUCAGUAUGCAAACAAACCUGUGGCCAUUAAGCAUCCUGCUUUACCAGUUUACCCGCCGUAAAAAAAAAAAAUGAAAAAAAGGUAAUUAGGUCCGUAAUCAAUUUAAUGUAACUACGCGAUAACCUCCUCACACAUUUACAACCUUUUUAUGAACCUGCCAGUGUCAUUGUCCUAGAUCAGGUGGUAAUGCAUCUCCCUGGCGUUGCCACUGAAUAAAUACUCCACUAUAUUUCCUUCAUUACAAAUUCAACCCCAUAGCCACAUUGCCAAAUAAAAGUACAUUCGAGUUAAAUCGCCUGGCACAACAUAAGAAGAAUCAGAAGAACAAUAAAACUAACUAUUAAAUAAAAAAGCAUAACAUAUUUUUAAUUUUCGUAAUUCACUGAAAAUAUGCAGGCCUAUUUAAACACAUCCCAGUGACAGGUGACUUUUCAUGAAGGGAAUGCUCUUGUUUAACUGUAACGACGCAUUGAUGGAAAACUAUGUUAGUGGGUCUAACCCACUAUUAGACGUACUACAACCUAUUAGGUGCGGCAAUAACGUCAUAGACAAAAGAUCCUCUUACGUCAUAAAUGGUAGCGCAGCAUUUAACGCACGUACCUUGUUUGCAUGCAGCACUUGAGAUAAGUAAGUAAGCCAAGAUGGGUGUGAGUGAGAACUCGCUCCCUGGUAUCAAGGUCCCAUGUCCACCCAGCGAGUCACGUCAGAAGGAACAAUUAGGGAGACGCCGGCUGAACCGUCUGCAAGUGCAAGGAACUAGCUUCCCGCAGUUAUCAGAUAGAGGGCUAACACAGGCUGCUGCUGCUAAGGAGACCUCUGAUGCUUGGAGGAGGGACAGAGUCACACACUAUAACCAGAGCCCUGCAGAGGUACUCAUCCUCCAUUUACAGCCUCCAAGCCCAGACGCCGAUUCCUUUUGGCCCAAUAUGGUUUGCCAGACUAUGGAGGCUUCCCUGGCACCUGCUCAAGGCCAGCAUCCUCCUGUGAUGGCCAGUGAUGACCUUCUCUUUGAGCCCACAGCACCCGCAAAAGAGGCUAGAAGCUCCAGAUUUGAGACCAUUGCCCAGCCUGGGGAGGUAGCAUCAGAAGCCAUCAGGAGAAGAGCCAGAGACCAGCAGCUUCCUGUCAUCCCCACUCAUGAGCUUUUCUUUGAUCUGAAGUCGUCAGCAAAGGUCAAGAGCUCUACUGGGGUUCACUGGCCCGAAGGGAUUGCCCAGGAAGCCGCAGCUAGAAGGGAACGACUUUUAAAGCGCCACAAAAGACCAAUGGAUGAGCUUCUCUGGGAGCCCAAGCCUCUAGCUGAGGAAACCAAGAGCUCAAGUUCCGCUCUGGUUAGCCAGGAUGAAGAGAUAUCCCCAGCUUUAGAAGUCAGAGGAUACAGAAGACCUCUGCCAUCCUUUGAGGUAAAGGUGCCGUUCAAUCCAAAUAAUUCCACCGUGAGUAACGGAACCAGAGAGUCAGUUAAGGAACCUUCUGUCAGGCGCAGAAACAGAAGAGUGGAACUGCUCCAGAGCACCAUUGUUCAGCCUCUUUUCUUUGAGCCAAAACCUCCUGCAAAGGCAGAGACUUGCUCUAGUCUCCCAAAGGCUGAGGAGCCUAUGAGGACAACCGCUGCUGUCAGAACCAGAGUCAGAGCCUUAAAGCCAUGCCUGACCCUAACUGAUGAAGCUCUUUACCAACCUGUCUUUAUCCCCACUAGAGCGCGCCCUCUCAGGAACCUAUGCAAGCUCCACGCGGAGACAGAACCAGCCAGCGGCACCAGAACCUCUUGGAGGUACUAGUCCCUGAGCUGAAGCCCCCAGCAAAGGCAACACACCCCCAUUGCCCCCCCCCCCCCCCUCCGUAGGCCAAGUUAUGCAGAGGAAUUGUGUCAGAUCCGUGCGUUUGACUGACAGUGCUGCAAGUGCUGUGACGACCCGUGACGAAGCUUCCUUGCCCUGACCCGCCAACUGUCUCGGCGGCGACCCCUGUUGGAGCUGCGGGCGUAGAUGCAUGGCCGUGCCGAUGUAUGGACACUCUGCAUGCCCCGCUCCCCCCUUACAGCGGCCCUGAGAUGCGGGCCUAGGUGUGCCAGGCCGUCGGGCACCGCUGGUCUCCGACUCAGUCUCACGCUCAAUGCGGAGUGCCCCAGGAUCCUCAUCCCUCCCCUGCCUGUCUCUAGCAGACCCCCAAGAUGACAGCAGAAAUGUCAUCUUGGAGGAGGCCGCCCCUCUGGAGCAGGUCCCCUCUAGAGGCAGAAGAGGUCUCGGUCUCGGUCUCGGCAGCAACUGCAUCACCCUGGAUCUGCCAAGGCCCAACCCCUUCACCAUGGAAACCCGACUCCCCGUUCGAGAUCACCGCGUCUUCAAGCGGUGAGCUCCGGGGAUGCCCCCCUUCAGUCGGUCCAGCGCGCCCCUAUGUGGGAGAGUGACCUCUCACCUUUGCACCCUGUGAGACCUGCUUGCUGUUGUCAGGUGUGAGGGACUCUCCCACUGGGCUCCACAGCAGAGGGGCUGCAGCAAGAGCACAGACCCAGCUAUUAUGGACUGUGAAGCCGACUGAAGAACUUAAAGGAGAGAAGUGUGUGUCUGAGGGGGUCGGGAGAAGGACAGGUGAGACUCAGCACAUCAUCUCCAAGGGCAACAUGGCACACAGCAGCAGACUCUGGAACUUUUCAGAGUCCUAUGCUGCUUUCUGUGGUUGGAGCCUGGCUGAUACUCACUUAGUCAGUACUAUGUCAUCAUGAUCUGCUGUGGGAUGUAGAGUGUCUGUUUGUGAUUGUAACGUGUGUGUGUGUGUGAUAUGAUCUCUUAACAGCUCCUACCCCUUUCACUCACCAUCGGAAUGACACACACAAACUCAGACACAAGUUAAGGCGUUGGUGUGUGACGUACUGAUAAGGGAUGGCAAGAGUGUGAGACAGUGGGGGUAAGGAGACGCCCAGGUAAUGGUCUCUAAUUGAUGAAGUGCCUUUCACAAUUAGUAUUGACCCAAAUGUUAAAAAGGUUUAACUAUGAUCUUUUAUUUACAUUUAUAACGUGUAUGUAAUGUGUGUAAUGUAUCUGUGUGUGAUCAACUCCACCCCCGAUUACUCACCAUCUCACACACACACAUCAAAAUAGAGCCCAGCGAUCUCUGAAGAAUCAUAGAGGAAUGAUGAUGACAACAUAAGACGUGUGUGUGUGUGACUUAGCGGAUUUGGAAAAGCUCAGGUGAUCUUUUAGCUGCUGUUUUAGGUGUGUUCCGGAGGACUUAUGAAUUGUAAUAAUGGAAUUUGGAGAAAACUAAUGCAAACUGUGUGUGUGUGUGUGUGUGUGUGUGUGUGUAUGAUCUCCUACCGCAGAAAGGUGGAUGGAGGAGGAAGACGAUUCCUACAGGAGUGUGUGUCAGAGGGGGUUUACAGUAAAACAGGUGAGACACAUCUGUACACUCAUACACACCACAUGAUGUCACUUCCUCAAGUAUGGAGUUUAAAGGUGAUCAGCUUUUCUAUCCAGAGUGUGGAAGUGUGUAACGUGAAGUUUGUAGAGUUGAAUAGAGUAGUCUGUAGAGUUGAGUAUAGUAGUCUGUAAAGUUCAGUAGAGUAGUCUGUAGAACAUGUAGUGUUAGCGAGUGUGAAGUUUAUAUGGCUUUUAAGUUUGUGAUGUGUGUCAUCUCUCUCU